AUGUACGGACAAAAUAACCAGGGUCCUUUUAAUUUCCCUUCAACAUCUAAAGCGGGAAAUGAUGAUCUUAAAAUUCAAACUCCAAAUGUGGACAUAUCUCCGUUUGUGGGUGGAAGUUAUAAAUCUACUGAUAAGGGUCCUGCUUAUUUAUCACCCAGGUCUUAUUCGCCACAAGAUUCGCCAUCGAUUUCACCAAGAAGUUCACCAGAAAUGGCUUUUUCAAACACGACUCGUGGUCAUCAUCAUCAUCAUCAACUUUAUAAUCAUCAUGGCCUAUUAUCAUCUAGAGCUUUACAACGUUCUCGAAAUUCAUUUUUACAAUCAAUUUGUGUUAUACAUCCAAGUGAUGCCCUAAUGUAUUGUCGUACUUGCCGAGCCACUGUAUGUAACAUGUGUCAGAUUAAUAAUCAUCAUAGUCACCACUUGACAUCGGAAUUAGCCGCAGCAUCUAAAGCUGCUGAAAAGCAGAGCGGGCGAAUUUUAGAUGAGAUUGAAGGCUAUAUUUCAAUUCAAGAAAAUAUGAUAAAAAAUCUGAAAUCCGCCAAUGGUUACCAAAGUGGUUACCAGGCAUAUAAUCCCGGUGAAAAUAAUCUUCCAAAUCUUAAGCGAUUGCUUUGUACUAUGAUAGAACACGGAAAUCAUCUUAAGGCGAACCGUGACGAAAUGAAAGCUAUGAAGCAACUAUUAAGUAAAUAUCAAGAAGCAGUUUUGAGAAGGGCUAUAAGCCAGUUAUCUGAGGUAUCUCAGAAAAUAUAUGAUUCUAAGGGUAAUCUUCAAAUCAGUAGAAAUCCAGAAAAUCUUAUUGCUGUUAAUGAAAACGCUUAUAAUGAGAUAUCAAGAAUCAAAGACGAAUAUCUCGCCCAUACACGAUUUGAACAACUUUGCUUAUCAACUUUUCGAUCGAUUGAAAACGUUGAUGGUUCAAUUUAUGAAAAUGGAGCAAUUGGUGGAGGAAGAGCUCUGAGAGUUAAUCGUAGAAUUGUUUUGUCAAGCAAGAUUGUAAAAAUUGAUCAAUCACCGUCGCCUGCGCCGGUAUUAAUUAUUGGUGAUGAAGAUGAUGGAAACAGUUUUUGCCGCCCUUGGGGCGUUGCUUGUGACAAAGAUGGAAAUAUUAUUGUUGCUGAUAGAUCGAAUAACGAAAUUAAAAUAUACGAUAAAAAUGGCAACUUUAUUAGGAAUUUUGGAACCCGUGGAAGUAGUCCAGGACAAUUUGACCGGCCCGCAGGUAUUGUUGUUGAUAACCGCAACCGUAUUGUAACUAAGUAUGGUGACUAUUUAUUGGCAUUCGGUGAAAAAGGAAUGAUGAAUGGUCAAUUCAACUAUCCAUGGGACGUAGCAGUUAAUUCACGUUGUGAAAUACUUGUGUCCGAUACACGGAACCAUCGUGUUCAAUUAUUUACCGCAGAAGGUGAGUUUCUCCGUAAAUUCGGUUAUGAAACAGCCCAGCACAUGUGGAGAUUGUUGGAUUUACCAAGAAGCGUUAGUUUUGCUCCUAAUGGCGAGAUUCUUGUAUCAGAUUUUAAUAAUCACCAUAUAAUUGUUCUCGAUGAUAAACUUCGAAACCCUAGAAUAUUUGGUCCCGCAAGGAGACAGGUUCCAUUUUUAAGAAUACAAGGUAUGAAAGUUGAUGAUGCUGGCAACGUAGUUGUUGCUGAUUCGCGUAAUAAUAGAAUACAAGUGUUAGGUCCAGAUGGUAAUCUUCAAUUUGUAUUUGGAAAUCAGGGAAAUGAUGUAGGUCAAAAUGGUGUAGGUCAAAAUGGUGUACGUCAAAAUGGUCUACGUCAAAAUGGUUUAUAUCAAAAUGGUGUAUAUCAAAAUGGUGUACGUCAAAAUGGUGUAGGUCAAAAUGAUGUAGAUCAAAAUGGUGUAAAUCAAAUGGAUCGCCCGGCUGGUAUCGCAAUAUCUCCCGAUGGCAAAAUUAUAAUUGUUGAUUUCGGUAACAACAGGGUCUUAGUAUACUAA